CAGGAUCCCCCUGUUAUAUGAUGACCUAUGAUACCUAUGGAUCUCCAGGACAUUACCAGCCACCGCCGCACCAAGACGUCCAUUCGGCGUCUGAUGGAACCUCGCCUCAUGAGACCGUCGCCUCGUGGAUGGCCACAGACCGUGCGACAGAUACCUGGCGGACCAGGGCAGUUUGUUCAAACCGCGCCCGUGCAAGCGAGCAGUCUCAGGCCGUUGCCUGCGAGCGGGUAUAGGACGCCCCCGCCCGCCAGUGCCGUUCCAGGCUCCGUGCCGGUCUAUCCCAUCUUCACGCCUCAGCGGCCUCCGUCCAUUCCCUCGCGCACGAGUUCGAAACAAAGUGCUGUUGCAGCACCGGUGGCUGCCCCAUUAUUUCAUGAGGAACCGAGGAGGGAUCCUCCCAUGCCCGCGGUGCCGGCACCAGCGUCGGCGAGGGAGAAGGCAGACAUGAGCGAACCCCUUCUGGUGGAAAGGUCUGAGGUGCCAAAGAUUUCGCAGAUCACGGUGGAUCUGGAGCGCCAAGCCGAGCCACCGCCUGAGUGGCGGGGCUGGAGCUGGCUUCGAUCGUUGCUGCUGCUAGUGGCUGGUGUGAUCCUCUGGAUCUAUCCAGAGCGUUGGGCCUCCGUCUUUCUCCUGUUGCUCGCUCUGCUCUGCUCCCCAUUCCUGGGAACUGCCCUGAGGGGGGGCUUGGCCUUGCCUCACGUGGGCAUGCGCCGGGUGAUUGCUUCGUGGCUCUUGGACUUUGGCUUUGGCAUCGGUUCGGCCAUCCAGGAGCAGGAGAAAACUUGGAAGCCAAAGUUGGACAAGGCUCUGGCGCAUGACUCUGAUUUUACCCAGGGUGUCAACAAGUAUGCGCUGCAGAUAGCUGGCAACUUGGGACAGGCGGUUCUGCAAGAGAAAUCUCAGUGGAUGCCAACGAUGGUUGAUGCGGUGGGCGACAUCGUGCCACCAGCAUUGUCCAGAGUGAUGGAAAAGAAGGAGGAGUGGACCCCUGCCCUGACAGCAUUGGUAGCAGACAUUGUCCCAUCAGUGAUGCGUGGUGUGUUGAGCCACCACCAGGGUUGGUCCCCCGCGCUGAUGCAGCUGGUUGGGGAUGUCGUUCCCCCAGUUCUCAGCUCUGUGCUGAAGAACA